AGGGGUUUCUUGUGAUGGGACAUAAUGAGCAAGAGUUUGGACAUUUUCAUGGAGAAUUCCGGGCAAAGGAGGAAAAUGUCCUUUUCUAUCAUGGUUGCAGUUGACAUUAUGCUUCAUGUUGCAAGAGGGAUGGAGUACUUACAUGAGUUACAUUCAAGAAGCAUUUUCCAUGGUGAGUUGAAUCCAUCAAAUAUUCUUCUCAGACCAACAACCGACUCCGCCUCCUCGUCUUUGGAGAGUUAUUACUUACAUGUAAAACUAGCUGGCUUUGGUUUAUCCCUUCUGAAAAGUCAGUAUACUCACAAAAGCUGCCCAAGGGUAAGUUUGAUCCGGUGGUUUGGUAUGCACCAAAAGUUGUGGCUGAGCUAAGGAGCAGCAGCAAAGGCAACAUGAAAUACUCGGAAAAGUGAUGUGUACAGCUUUGGCAUGCUGUGUUUCCAGAUUCUGACAGGGAAAGCUCCAUUUGAGGAUGGGUUAGGCAGUGGGGAGAUAGUGCGGCCUCUUCAAGGAGAUAAAAUGGUACACAGUUUGAUGGCUGGGGAGAGGCCACUCUUCCCAAACCCUUUCCCUAAAUACCUCAUGAACUUGAUUAGGAAAUGCUGGCAAACCAGCCCCAACGCACCCCUGGUUUUUCUUCCAUUUGCAGAAUUUUAAAAUAUAUGAAGAAGGUCUUUGUUAUGAAUCCUGAGCAUGGUCACCCUGGUUGUCCUCCUCUUGUUGAUUACUGUGACAUUGAAGCUGGCUACUCUAAUAAGUUUGCUGCCAUGGAUGGCAUCACAGAAUCUUUUCCUUCUGUAUGUGAAAUACCAUUUCAGAUGUUUGCUUAUAAGCUUGUUGAGCAGAAGAGAACUUCAAGAAAUGGUGGCUUUCCGUUCACGCCUCACUGGCUGCCAGAUGAAGAAGAUGAUCUCCAUGUCAUCAUGCAAAAUAAUAGUGGAACUCGUCACAGAAGAUUGGCAUGCUCAGAAGUUAUGGACAGGAAUGAUCUGAGAAUCUUUUCUGAUCAACAAUCUGUUGCCUCAGAGAUCCCACACUCAAAGAAGAUGAUCUCCAUAUCAUCUUUCAGCUUAUCACAUUUCAAUUCUAUCUGAUGAAACUACCUCAGCUAUUGCAGAUACCCCUGACUGGAGGCUAUUUUCUGGGCUGCCGAAUGAUCAUCCAAGUCUCCCUUUCAUUGGGACACAUUGAAGGAAAAGCCAUCAGUCAAUAUCCACAGCAAGCAGUAAUGAGACUAAGUCAGAGAGAGGAAUGUCAUCAAAAACCAAAAACAAAAUCCAGUGGUUGGCAAAUGAUUUUUCUAGAUCUACUGGGAAGAAGCAUUCAACAACUGAAAAAACCAUUCCUCAUCUACUCCCGAGAAUCCACAAAAAAACAUCCACUUUAAGGCCAAGCAAAUCGAAGCUCGCACUGAAAAUGCUAUAUUUAAGAAUAGUUUGAAAAGCAAUCAAAAUUACAAAAUGUGGAAGCACUUGAAUUUCCCAUAGGUAUGCCCAGCUCACUUAGAGCUUCUUUAAAGAUGCAUAUUACUGACCUUACAACGGGACUAUGAGUGUAAGCAGGUCCUCAAAAGGAAAGCAAGUUCUAAAUGCAUGCCCAAGCAUAUCUUAUCCAACCAAAAUUGUAAUUGCAUAGAAAUUCUUAUUCUUUUGGCCGUUUAUACCAUGUUUGGGUGGGAAAAUAACAGUGAUUGUUCUUACUAUUUUACUUUGUUAGGGUUUAAGAGAAAAAAAAACAAGUUUAUUUUUCUCUGAUCCCCAAACUCUCCAAUUUCAAGAAAAUUUAAAAAAUAUGAAAUGGCUACUUGCCUUUUCUUUUCAAUCACCCUUCAUUUUUUUUCCUAUCUCCAAACUAUCUGAAUAAAGUAUUAACAUUCUGAUGUAGUUUCUUAUGUGAGAAUAAGACUACUUAUAGUGGGGAGGUAUU